CGCCUGAAGGCCUUAAUCAGGAGAGAAUUCCAGACCUCAAGGUGCAACGAACUUAAAGCUCGAACAAAGGAGAAACAGUGGACAGUGGGCAACGAAAUUAAAGCUCGAACAAAGGAGAAACACAACUUUGGCCAAGAAUCGAAGCCGUUGCUGAGUUUAGACUACGUACCGGACGGAUUGCCUGGCAAAACACCUUCAAAGAUUGGGAGUAUACAGUCAAGGUGCAACGAACUUAAAGCUCGAACAAAGGAGAAUCCGACUGGCCAAGAAUCGAAGCCCUUGCUGAGUUUAGAUUACGCCCCGGAUACGACUGCUUGGCAAAACAUCUUCACAGAUUGGGAGCAUACACUCAACCCACGAGAAAAUGGAGAAGACCCACCUGAUUCGGUGUUCAAAGGAGGAAAUGGAGAAGACCCACCUGAUUCGGUGUCUAGCGGAGGAAAUGGUGAUGACCCACCUGAUUCGGUGUCCAGCUCUAAAGACAACGGGACGGAGAAGACCCACCUGAUUCGGUGUCCAGCCCUAGAGACAAGAAACCCACAUGCCCCCUAUGUAACCUACAGGAGGAAAUGGACACCUGAUUCGGUGUCCAGCUCUAAAGACAAGGACGGAAAGCCAGAGACACUGGGAAGCAAGAAGACAGCUAAUGAACUUCAAUUUAUAAACUGCUAUAUUGGUACCCCCACCAUUGGGGAAGCUGAAGUCAAAGUUUAUGGGCUAAUGAUAAUAUCAUAA